UCAGACGCCGUGGAUUGGCGGUCUGCCAUCUUUGAUUGUGCUAUAGGCCGCGGCGCGAGCUAGGCCCGUGUGAGCAACAGCAGCUCGGUCUCUCCCACGAGAUUGCUCGAGACGCUCUAAUCCUUUGGCGAGAACCGGGAGGCGAGGCGCAGGGGCAGACCGUCACCGUCCGCUCCACGGCGGACAAGCACACAGAGGAAGAGGGACUCGGCGAGAGAGAGAGAGGGGCGCAGACACAGCAACGGCAGCAACACAGGGCCCCAAAGGCAGUGAAAGGAGCCCGCAGUUCCUAUUGUAACCUGCCGGCCGCACUGACUGGGAGAGCGGGCCGAGACCCGACGCUCGGACCGUGUGCAGCGGGAGAGGCGAGCGCAGGGACCGGCGGAGACAGGGGGCUGGUUCUGAGGGGAGAGGCCGGGGUAUCAGACUCAAUGAGUUUCCAGCGAAAUGUCCGAGAAGUCAGGGCAGAGCACCAAGGCAAAGGAUGGCAAGACCAAGUACGCAACCCUUAGCCUCUUCAACACCUACAAAGGCAAGUCGCUGGAGACCCAGAAAACUGCAGUGGCCGCCAGGCAUGGGCUCCAGAGUUUGGGAAAGGUUGCCGUCAGCAGGCGCAUGCCCCCCCCGGCCAACCUGCCGAGCCUGAAAGCCGAGAACAAGGGGAACGACCCGAACGUCAACAUCGUCCCCAAGGACGGCAGCGGCUGGGCCUCGAAGCAGGAUCAGCCCGCCGACGAGCGACAACAGGAGACCCCUCCACCUCCUCCACCUCCUCCUCCUCCCCCGCAGCCCAAACCAGGGGCUCCUCAACCCCAGGAGGGACCAGCAGGGGCCAGCCGGUCCUGGGCCAGUAACAGGCAGCCCAGCCAGGGAGACGGGACCCCCAGGGUGAACAGCCACUUCCAGCAGGAGUUCCCUAGUCUGCAGGCAGCUGGAGAACCUGAGAAACCCGCGGCCGAGAGGGACCAGGAGGAGGAGCCGUACGGACCUGGACCGAGCCUGAGACCGCAGAAUGUGGCCAGCUGGCGGGAGGGUGGUGGCAGGAAUCUGAACACGGCACCCAGCUCCUCAGAGACGGACAGCAAGGCCGUAGAAGAGGGGGUGGGCGGCAGCACGCCCUCCCCCGUCCCGGAGCCCCCCGAUCCAAGCAAGCCCCCCAGCGAGCCGCGGGACAAGCGGGAGGGCCGGGAGAGGCUGCCCCCCUCUGCCCCACCCCCCUCUGCCCAGCCCCCCUCGGCCCCCCAGCACAAGCUCAACGGUGGGCAGCAGCCUCAGGCUAGCGUGGCCCCCCAGUUCCAUCCCCAGUUCAGGGGCCUGAUGCCAUCCUAUAUGUUCCAUGCUUAUCCCCGGAUGUCAUAUCCGCCUGUGCAAGGGGCUUACAGAUACCCAGUCCAACAGCAAGAUGGAGCAAAGGGCCCCAGACCAGCUAACCGCCCACCUCAGUCACACAGCCAGGCAUGGUCCCAGGAUGCCGACCGGCCCUCCAUCAUCAGUGCCACAGACCUGAAGGAGCUGGACAACCUGGACACUGAUGCCGAUGAAGGCUGGGCAGGAGCCCAGAUGGAGGUGGACUACACAGAAAAGCUCAACUUCAGUGAUGAUGAGGAGAACCAGUCUGGGAAGGACAAAGGAGAUAACUGCCAGGCAUGGUCCCAGGAUGCCGACCGGCCCUCCAUCAUCAGUGCCACAGACCUGAAGGAGCUGGACAACCUGGACACUGAUGCCGAUGAAGGCUGGGCAGGAGCCCAGAUGGAGGUGGACUACACAGAAAAGCUCAACUUCAGUGAUGAUGAGGAGAACCAGUCUGGGAAGGACAAAGGAGAUAACUGGGAGUGGGUGAACAAGGUGGAUGGCCUGCGUUCGCGCGGCUCGGAGGGAACGGAGGGGUGGAAGGAAGGCGGCGAGGACAGGGCGAGCGGCAAGGCCUCCAGGGGCGACACCGGAGCGCAUAGGCCCCCCUCCCCCACCAGCAGAGGGCAGUACAACAAGGGCAGUCAAGCCCUCGAGUACCAGGCUGCAGGGCGUGUCUCGGUGGCCGGGGGGCCGCGGGCCGGGAAGCCCGGCUCCUCGACGCUCCCCGCCACAGAGGAGGACGCGGAGGCGUGGCGGCAGAAGCGGAAGAAGCAGUCGGAGCUGUCGGAGGCGGUGGAGCGCGCCCGGCGGCGCCGCGAGGAGGAGGAGCGCCGCAUGGAGGAGCAGCGGCUGGCCGCCUGCGCGGAGAAGCUCAAGAGGCUGAACGAGAAGCUGCGGGGCCCUGAAAGACAGCCCUCCCCCACCCCCGCCCCCGUCCCCGCCCCGCAGAACGAGGGGGAUGCCACCGCCGCCGUCGUCGCCCCCACCGCCCCUGAAGCCCCACCGGCCCUGGCGCCAGCGCCGCUGCCUACCCUCGUCGAGGGGGAGUCCAGAGGAGAGGGGCCAGAGGAAGAGCCCCAGCCUGCGCCGCCCCCGCCCAGCUCCCUGGACAGGAGCGAGGGAGAAGGGCCCGUCACAGAGGAGAGCGCGGGAGAGCGAGGCCCCAGGAGAGACUGCUGCAGUGCGGAGGAGAACAGAGUUUUGUUUGUGCUUGUGGUGGUGGCACCUGGGACCAGACCUGAUGGGUGUUCUUAUGUCCGCACAGGGAGGAUGCCCCCCAAACAGCUGGUGCGCAGAGACCCAGCAGAAAAUGCAGCUUCAGGAUCGGACGCCUUUGACCACAUAUCCCGUCCCGUUAGGGAGCACGGACUAGCUGCUGAGCCACGUGUGGUGUGGGGCUCUGAGCCAUACACCCAGACUGAGCCCCUGCCUGCUGCUACACCCCCAAAAAGUCAGGAGGAAACCAAGGAAUCCAGGCUGGACUCCGCUCUUGAGCUGGAGAGGAGUGUCUCCUCCGUGUACCCCCAGGAGCCCAGCCCCCUGGAGCCCCGCACCAAGUGUGAUUUCUUCAGGGAUGCGGCCGAGCAGGGGCUUGGCUUCCCCAAUCGAGGGCCGGAGGAGCUGCCAGGGCUUCUGCAGCCCGAGAGGAGCCCCCUGGUACCGGUUUAUGACCCACAGGAAGCCAGCGUGCCAUGUGGAGAGGAGGGAGGGAUGAUGGGACUGAAGAGGAGCAUCUCCCAAGGCUCAAGUCAUUCCCUCAAGCUUGACGAGGCCCGCUUUGAAGGUCCAUCCGUCUCCCCAAAGACGCUGGGACCGUCGGGAGCAGACGAGGAGCCUGAAGACAAAAAGGAGCCCUUCUCCCAGGGGCCCCCGUCCAGCAGCAGGGCCACUCCACCAGCCGAUGGCCCACACAAAGCGGACAAGCUUCCUGUGCCAGCUGCGCCCAAACCAAAGUCGGAGACGCGAUGGGGCCCGAGGUCCGGCCCGGGCCGCAGGGAGGGAGCUGGGAACGAGCGCCCUGUGCGCCGUUCGGGCCCCAUCAAGAAGCCGGUGCUGCGGGACAUGAAGGAGGAGCGCGAGCAGAGGAAGGAGCGCGAGGAGCGGCACGAGCGCGGCGACCGUCCCAGGAAGGACGGCGGUUCUAAAGCCACGUCCGCGCCUCCUGGCGAGAACCAGAAGCCUCCCAGCGAGAAUAAGAGGGACCCUCCUGCGGCCCCGGAUCCAGCUGACCAGCAGAGUGGCACGGCAUUAAAAAUCAGAGGGCCACAAGGCCCAGCUGGGGUGCCAGGGCUGGCUGCUAGAGACGAGAAAACGGAUAAACCCUCGAAUGGAGAGAAGGUGCAACCAGAACCCAAACUGCCUUCUAGGAAGGAGUCCAACUUACCUCCCAGGGCCUACCGGAGGGAGGACAGGGACAGGGACAGAGAGAAGGAGAGGGACCGAGACAGGGACAGGGACCGGGACAGGGACAGAGAGAAGGAGAGGGAUCGAGACAGGGAGAGAGACUGGGCCUCAGAGCCGAACUAUAGGGGCCGUGGUCGGGGCGAGUACUACUCCCGUGGGCGUAGCUAUCGGGGCAGCUAUGGCGGUCGUGCUAGGGGAAGCCGGGGUCGGAGCCGGGGGGAGUACCCUUUCAGGGAACCACGCUCCCGGUCAGACCUGCCCCUGGUGGCACCUGGAAACCGCGGUACGGGGUUCAGGCCUAGGGAGGAGAGCGAGACGCGCAGUGAAAGCUCCGACUUUGAGGUGCUGCCCAAGCGACGUCGGCGGCGCGGCUCGGACACGGAUUCAGAGAGUGAGGGGCGAGACUCGGCCAGUGACACUGGAGCAUCGGACCGCGAGGGCAGUGCCAAGCCCAGCCGGCCACCACGCAGAGAGUUUGGGGCUCCUGCCCGCCGGGGAUCAAAGGCCUUAUCGAAUUCAACAGGGGGCGCCCCUUUUUGCACUAGUCAGCCAACGGAGAAGCCAGGCUCCCGGGAGGAUGAGGCGCGGCCUAAGCCGGGCUUCUUACCCAAGGGAGAGCCCUCCCGACGAGGCAGAGGGGGCAUGUACAGCCGCAGGGGCAGCGGUCGGGAGCGCGGAGGCCAGAGGUCAGCCCCUCUCAGGCGGCCGGGCAUGAAGGAUGCCUCUCAGUGGCCCUCCAGGCCCAUGGAGACCUUUCACCCCGAGGAGGCUGAAAACUCCAGGUUGGAAGCCAACGCCUCCGAGCGACGGCCUCCUAAGUUUGAGGCCAAGAAGUUCGGGGAGGCGGGCGGGAGUAGCCGCGAGAGGCCACGCCGGCCCCGGCCAGCACGGCCCCCGAGGCAGGACAAGCCGCCGAGGUUCCGCCGGCUGAAGGAGCGGGAGGCGGCAGUGAAGGCCGGGGAGGAGGGGACCGCCGCGGAGCCCGCACUGUCCAAUCAGAACUCCUCGGACCAGGCCAACGAGGAGUGGGAAACCGCUUCCGAGAGCAGCGACUUCAACGAGCGGAGAGAGCGCGAGGAGAGGAAGGGCGCCCCCGAAUCCGCUGCCGCGGACCCUGCAGCUUCCACAGCCGCCUCCCUGAGCCCCGGGGCGCAGGCGAGGGCGGGAGCGGACAGCGGGCAAACCCCAAAACGCGAGGCGGCUGCCGCAGCCAAGAGGAGCUUCUCCAGCCAGAGGCCCGUGGACCGGCAGAACCGACGGGGUAAUAGCGGGCCCAAACCUGGCCGCGGGUACCCAGGGGGGAAGGGCGAGCGCAGAGGAGGAUCCGGAACCAAAGUUGGCCGCAGGGGACCGCUCGAGGAGCAGGCUCAGGAACUGACUGCUCUUGAUCCAACCAGCAGCGCUGCCGCUCAGAACCCGGAUGUGGCCCACGGGGGCUCAGCCCAGCGGCCCGGCAAGGACUCGUCCGCCAAGCGCAAGGAGGAGGCCAAGCAAGCAGCCAAGAAGCCCAAGGAGAAGGCCGACGCGCUGUCCCAGUUCGACCUCAACAACUAUGCCAGUGUAGUGAUCAUCGAUGACCACCCUGAGGUCACGACCCUAGAGGACCCCCAGUCCAGCGCUAAUGACGACGGAUUCACAGAGGUGGUCUCCCGGAAACAGCAGAAACGCCUGCAGGAUGAGGAGCGCAGGAAGAAAGAGGAGCUCAGCGUGCAGGUGCAGAACUGGACUAAGAAGGGUUCUGGUGAAAAGAACAGAAGUGGAGGCUCCAAGCUCCCCCCCAGGUUUGCCAAGAAACAGCAGCAGCAGGUGGCACCAGUGAGUCAGCAAACCCAGGCUCCGUCCCAGCCCACCGCCCCUGCCCAGCCACUAGAGGGUGCCGUGCCCUUGCCUGGUGGUCCAGAUUUCCCUGGCACUGGAAAGACAAUGUCAGCUGGUCAGGCACACAGUGCCCUGGGCACUGAGCUCUGGGAGAACAAGAUGGCCGGUUCCGCCGUCCUCACCGACGUCAAGAAACUGGGACCCAUCAGCCCACCCCAGCCUCCUUCAGUCAGUGCCUGGAACAAACCACUCACUUCCUUCGCUGGCACGGUUACCCCUGAGGGGGCCAAGCCUGCUCCUGAAGGGGGUGUGGAGAUGGGCAUGGACAGUAUCCAGUUUGGCGCGCCCUCCUCGGCAGGCAGCACCGACAGCGACGGCGUGCCCGCCUUGCUGGAAAAGGGGGCGGAAAAGCUUCCCGAGCCCAAGGAACAGAGGCAGAAGCCGCCUCGGGCCGGGCCCAUCAAAGCACAGAAGCUUCCAGACCUCAGUCCCCCGGAGAAUAAGGAAUACAAGCCAGGCCCCAUCGGGAAGGAGCGCUCCCUGAAGAACCGGAAGGCAGCGAAGGAUGGCAGGCCGGCUGAGGGCGAGGGCACAGAAAAGGGGGCGCCGGGGGCAGGCAGAGGUCCGGACCCCGGUACCCCCAACAAGGACAGCAAAGGUGUUCCGGAGCUGGGGGGCGACAUCGAAGGCAUGAUCACCGUCCCGUCUGCGGAGUACGGGUCUGGGCCCAAGGAAUCGGUGACGGACUACACCACCCCCUCCUCCUCCCUGGCCGACAGCACCCCCACGGCCAGCGGCAAGAUUGAGGAGAGCCUUGUCCCUAAUGUCGCCCUUCCUCAUGCUCUGCCUCUUCCCCGGCGAGAAGCCCUGCAGCGCAGUACCAGUCUCACCCCUGUGUCGCCUGCAACUGUUGACCUGACUCUUAAGAUGGAGUCUGCACGCAAAGCCUGGGAGAACUCACCCAGCAUUGGGGAGAAGAGCUCUCCAGUGACAUCCUCUGCCUCGCCCAUCACCAGCGGCGGAGGGGGCAACAGCGCCUCCUACAGCUCCUUCUCUAGUGCUUCCAUGCCCCAGAUCCCUGUGGCUUCAGUCACCCCAACAACCUCGCUCUCAGGAUCUGGGACCUACACCACUUCCUCUCUGAGCACAAAGACUACCAGUACCUCGGACCCCCCGAAUAUCUGCAAGGUGAAGCCCCAGCAGCUGCAGGGGGGGGGCAUGACAGGGGGGCACUUCUCCCAGUUGGGCUGUGUGCCUUCCCUCCUACCCCAGCAGCAGCAACAACAACAGCAGCAACAGCAGACACCACAGGUCUUCGUGUCUCAGUCUGCAGCAGGUUCUGCAGCCCAGAUCCCAGCCUUCUACAUGGACACCAGCCACCUGUUCAGCACGCCUCACCCCCGUCUGGCCCAGCAGCAGGGCUUUCAGCCAGGGCUCUCUCAGCCAACUGCAGUGCAGCAGAUCCCCAUCCCCAUCUACGCCCCCCUGCAGGGGCAGCACCAGCCGCAGAUGGGCCUGGGCACUGGCCCGCCUGUCUCCCAGCCCCAGGACCUCUUCAGCUCCGCUCUGCAGCCUUACAGGUCCCAGCAGGCGUUCAUGCAGAACAACUUGUCACAGCCCUCGCCCAUGAUGCUGUCGGGCACCACGCUGCACAGCUACCCUGGCGUCCAGCCGCCUGACCUGGGCAAGCCCCAGUCCGGCCUGGCCUUCCAGCAGACCUCAAGCACCCAGCACAUCCCCAUCCUCUUCGAACCCCAGCUCAACCAGCCGUCUGGCCUGGGGGGCUCGCAGCUCAUUGACACGCACCUCUUGCAGGCGCGGCAGGGACUGAGCCAGCCCUCGAACCUGUACUCGGGGCAGGUGCAGCAGCCUGGCCAGAGCAGCUAUUACAGCUCCACACAGUCGCCCAGCUCUGCCCUGCAGCAGGUAACGGUCCCUCUCCCGGGCUCCCAGCUCUCUUUGCCCAAUUUUGGUUCGACUGGGGGGCACCAGCCCCUGAUUGCUCUGCCUCAGUCCUUGCCGCCGACACCCCCGCAAGCGCAGGCCCCCAGCAUGAGCCGCCAGCCGCCGGUCAGCCAGCCUUUCCGUGGGCUCGUGGGGCAGAGUGGACACAGCAUGAUGCAGCCCUCCAGUAAGAUGUGCGAGGUAGAUCUGAAGCUGUUUGGCAGUGGGAUGGAUGUGAAGCCAGGGACUCCCCCGGUCGGUGCUCGGAGCACCACCCCCACCUCCAGCCCCUUCAGGGCCAGCUCCACCAGUCCCAACAGCCAGUCCAGCAAAAUGAACAACAUUGUUUACCAGAAGCAGUUCCAGUCGGGCUCGGGGGGUGUGCGAAUGCCCCAGCACUUCCCAGCGCAGUUCACCCCACAGAUGCUGUCUCAGCCCAGCCUGGUUUCUCCAUUGGUGCGGCCCCCCCACCACGGCAGCUCCUUCCCUGGGGGAGUGCAGAGGACGCCCAUGGGCACCCCCAUGUCCCCCUCCCUGAAUGCCGGGCUCAUGCCGCACCCCCGGCCUCAGCACGCUCCCCGUGGCCCCCCUGGGCCCCCGCUGGCCCCCCGGGGAACCCAUGCCGCGCUCAAAGCGGAGCAGGACCUCAAGGCCAAGCAGCGCGCCGAGGUGCUUCAGUCCACACACAAGUUCUUCUCCGAGCAGCAGCAGCUCAAGCCCUCCGGGAGCAAGCCGGCGCGCGGGGAGGGCGGCGGGGGCAAGCCGGUCGACGGAGGAGCGGCGGUACCCCAGGGGAGCGCCCCCGAGCGCUCGGAGGGCGACAAGGGCCCCAGCCAGGCCCCGGCCCUCUCCAUGUCGGGGUCCAAGCCCGUCCGCACCGGCCCCAUCAAACCCCAGUCCAUCAAACCCGAGGAGACCAAAUAACCAGCUGUGUGUCCAUCUGCCUCUCUCUCUCUCACAGGCUCGGGAGGAUGAGCCAAGACUCGCUCGGAGAGCUGUGAUCAGGCCCUCGCUCUGACUUGUUCCCCCCCUGGGCUCCCGGCUAUCCUGGAGUUUGUCAGGGAGAGGGGAUGGGGAGGGGAGGCGGCAGGGGGUCGGGAGAUGGCCUCCUGCCUCACAGAAAGAUGGGGGUGCCGCUUAUGGGCACUUUCAGUAGCCUUCCUCUCUCUCUCUCCCUCCCUCUCCGCCCUUCCCUGGAGAGCCUCGGAGAAGAGUGGGGUGCUGUUUCCCUACGUUCUGUGUCGAGAUGGUGCCCUCUACGCCGCCGCACGGCGGGAGAGACGCCACUGCAUUGGUAUCUGUACAGCAAUGACGAGAGAAAAUUGCUGCUGAGUUUGAUAUUUUUUUAUAUAUAUAUCAUUUUUUCAUGUUUUAUUUUUGUUUUCCGGGUAGCCUUGAGUAUCUGAGGGGUGGGCAGUUUUUUUUCCAAGAAUCGUAAUUUCUUUUAGUCAAAUAGUGAAAUUUUAGGAAGUGAAAGUUUAUCACCCCCCCCUUAAGCAAUGAAUCUGAGACGUGUGAACUAACGUUGUGAAUGACGAGCGGUGUAGCGCCACCUGUAGGGGCCAGGCAACGGCAGCCAGAAGGGGGCGCCACAUACUCCUUUGUCACUGAACGGUUAAACUCCGCUUUGGCUUGAAAUCGGGCUUUUUAAAAAUGUUUUUGGGAAAUUGAACUUGAGGUGCUACUGCUGUUAUUGAAGCCAGUUGCCAUUCUGCCUUUUCUGUUUUUAUUUUAUUUUUUCCUCUAAUGCAGUUUUGACUAAAAGACGCGAUCAGUGUGUGUUCCAAAGUGAAUAAUGGGCUAGAAAACAAAUCUUGUAGAGGUAGAGCUGAAGGGGUGAGCCAGCUCAGCUGUGGGAGCUGCGUUAAACAGGGUUUGUUAAUGCCAGGGUGCCUAGCACUCCCUUAUCGGGGGAAACAUGUAGCUUUACACCCAGGGAGCAGGUGGAGAGACGAGGGGAGGGGGCUGAAACUGCUGUUGAUCCUCCAUUCAGAGGAGAGCAUGGGUGAGCAAGAAGAGGCUGGACUUCCACGCAAAACCAUUUGAUCCUAAAGCCAAUCUCCUACACUGGUCCACUUGCCCGAGACACCAGGGGAUUGCAUUGUGAAUUGCUGCUUAACGCUAGAUUAAGACACUUAAGUUGUUCGACUGGUCUUACUGUGUGUGGCAGAAAAAGGUACUAAUGUUUCUAAUCUAAUGCGAACUUCCUCUUCCUCUAGGCAGAUUCUCUGUUGUCUUUAGCUUGUCCCUCCGAUCACUUAUCUACGUAUCUCAUAGCUGCUAUAGUCUACCUUCCUCUCGCAAAGCCAUCUUGCAAGAUCUCGGCUCCAUCUGCUCCUUAACAUGCGAGCUCGCAGUAGGAGGUGCUCGGUAUCUGGAGGGAGUGAAACCCAGCAGAAACUGGUACAUGUGGUUGUGCUUGUGCAUUUUUCCCCCCCCUCCUGUUUCCUGAACUCGUAUCUACGUUUGAAUAACGUUCUGCUGCUGAAAUUGAAUCGUUUAAACAACACGCCAGUAUGGAGGAGGGGGGGGACAUUACGCUUAAUCUUGGCGAAGCACCCAAAGCAUGGCAGUUCACGCCGACCGCCGUCGUCUCUGAAGCCGCACGAGGUGAAAGCCGAGAGGAGGUGCAGGGGGCUCCCGCCUUUUGCCGAGAGACGCUGGAGAAAGGACACCCUGCGUUGCUCGGAGACUGAGCUAGAGGCCCUGCAGCCUUGCAUUCCCCGUCGCUCUCCAUCACCUUAACACUGCUGUCUGUUCCCUUCCACUUCCUUCCUGUCCGGCCUGCAGCUGCGUCUGUGAUGCCCGACUGGCAGAUCUGUCUACUGUGUGCGCCAGGGUGGCAUUGUACAGACCCCGGCAGCCCUGUGGGAUUAGACAUUGUUCUGGGGAGGGAGGGAGACUGUUUUUGUUUCACUUGUACAGGGGUUAAUCGCUGUAUUAAAUAUGUACGGUCUUAUUUACAUUGGUUUGGUUACGGAAACUAAUAAAAUAAUAUGAUGUAAAACAG